AUAGCUUCACGUGCGCAGACAUCUCGAUCAGCCAAAGAUGUUGAGAUUGUAAAUGAUUCGUUACUUCGGCAAUACUUGUUUGCGUAGAAAAUUUUGGCAAUAUCUUACGAAUACUCGCGAAAUGUCGAAGCAAGGAUCAAAGAAAGCUGGAAAAGGUCAGAAAGCUACGGUUAACGAGGAACCCAAAGGGCCUAUAAGUUUAGAUAAAAGUGGGAAUGUCACCAUAAAAAUUCAAGCAAAACCUGGCGCGAAACAUAAUAAUAUAACAGAUAUUUCUGAGGAUGCAGUGGGCGUCGCAAUAUCCGCACCUCCGGUCGAAGGUGAAGCAAAUACGGAACUCGUGAAAUACUUAGCUUCCGUAUUGGGAAUGAGAAAAUCCGACGUAUCGUUAGAUAGAGGUUCUAAAAGUCGACAAAAGGUCGUAAUAGUGUCUGGAACCACAGUGGAAAAGGUUCUGGAAAAAUUAAAAGGAGAAAUGGGAACCUGAGAAUAACAGCAAAUAACAAUUACCGUACUUUUGUCUUUUGUUAUAAACAGCUACUUCUUUUUUUAGUGCAUAUAAUGUUACAAUUCUCUUCACUUUGAUAAGUCAUAUUUAUUGUGCAUAAAUAUGGCAAUCACGUUUAUGUUCAAACAUGCUGAGUUAAUUUAUACAAUCGAAAAAUAACUUUAUACAAUUGUAAAAGUAGUUCGUUAAUAAUUUUCAUUAAUGAAAUAUAUGAUCAUGAAGCUCGCUGAC